CACUUUGAUCCAGCCAUGGCGGCUAACGUGAAGGUAUUGGUCGUGCUCGCUCUCUUGCAGCUGAUGUCCCUUCACGCCGUCGUCCAUGGCGGCGACAAUGGCGGCGUCUCCGCCGUGGCCACCGGCAAGCACGAGCCGAAGCCGAAGCAAGGCGGCGGCGGCGGCGGCGGCGACGGCGGCUGCCACAUCAGCGGCUUCCUGCACGGAAAGGCCGGCAAGUGCAACAGGGCGCACGGCUCCGACUGCUGCGUCACCGGCCGCCGGUACCCGCAGUUCAGGUGCUCGCCGCCGGUGUCCUCGGCUAGGCCAACGCCGGCGACGCUGACGCUGAACAGCUUCGCCCGCGGCGGCGACGGCGGCGGGAGGUCGUCCUGCGACGGCCGGUUCCACCCGGACACCGCCAUGGUGGUGGCGCUCUCCAGCGGCUGGCUCCGGCUCGACGGCGCCAGCCGGUGCAACCGCAUGAUCCGCGUCGCCGCCGGCAACGGCCGGUCCGCGCUGGCCAGGGUCGUCGACGAGUGCGACUCGGUGAACGGCUGCGACGCCGAGCACAACUUCGAGCCGCCGUGCCCGAACGACGUCGUCGACGGCUCGCCGGCGGUGUGGAAGGCGCUCGGCCUCGACGAGGGCGUCGGCGAGUUCAAGGUCACCUGGUCUGAUGUCUGAAGAACCAGCCAUGCCGUCAUGGCCACGUCACACACACAUAUAUAUAUAUACACAUUAAUUAAUACAUACGUUACCCUGCACUUACAACGGGUAUACUGUCGUAUACUAGUAGAGAGCACCGUAAAAGUUGUCGUCGAAUAAGCCGUUACUCUGGCAUUUGUCAUUUCCCCAAAAGUGCUCAUUACAGUGUGUGUUUCUGUUGUUACAUUAAAUUUUCUACUCAACAUAAUGCUUAUGUUGAAUGUGUACUGUGCUGCUAUCUUUCAUAAAGAAUGUUGCUAUGUUAAGUA